CAGCAGCUCUCUGCAGGCGCCCGACCCCCGCGGCGGUUUCAGGCUUUUCUUGGCGGAGACGUGCGAACUUACUUUGUCUUGGCGAGGCUGUGAGGUGAUGGGCCCCUGCCGGAGUGCCCGCGCGGAGGCGGCACAGUGAGCGUCCUCGGGUUCCCGCGCGGUCUGUGCCUCGCCCUGCACGCUUCGGCUCGACUCCACUGCAGGCUGUAGUCAGGUCUUCUCAGCUAAAAUAAUUUUUUUUGGAACGGCAGACAUGGUUGGUCCUUGCUACAAAUGGGAAUUUGGAGUCACUCUGAAACAUAUCCCAGAAUAAUUGUGUUGACUGGAACCACAUCUUAUGAAGUCUCCAAGGAUGAGAGUCUCUGCUAAGUCCCUGUUGCUGUCUCACUGGCUCCUUCUGGCCUACUUGCUGAUGGUGUGCUGUAAGCUGAUGUCCGCGUCCAGCCAGCACCUCCGGGGACACGCAGGCCACCACCAAAUCAAGCAAGGGACCUGUGAGGUGGUCGCUGUGCACAGAUGCUGCAAUAAGAACCGCAUAGAAGAGCGGGCACAGACGGUCAAGUGUUCUUGCUUCCCGGGACAGGUCGCUGGCACCACUCGAGCUCAGCCUUCUUGUGUUGAAGCUUCCAUCGUCAUUCAGAAAUGGUGGUGUCAUAUGAACCCUUGUUUGGAAGGAGAGGAUUGCAAAGUGCUGCCAGAUUACUCAGGUUGGUCCUGUAGCAGUGGCAAUAAAGUCAAAACUACAAAGGUAACACGGUAGCAAAGAGAGGUGUGUUUUCAUCCUAGAGGGACGACAGGAUGGAGAGCUCUCUUGAGUGGAUCAACAUCCUCCCCACUUGGUGGGAAAUUGUCUUGGAUUCUAGCAACGUCACCUUUCUCCAUGUGUACUGUGAGAAGUGGCACUCACUGAACUGUCCCAGCCCUCUCUGCUUUGUGAUUUUAUUACAUUGAAUUUUAACCACAGGCUGCCACAUGAUUGACAUCCUUUCUGGAUUCCAAAGGAACAUACCUCUGAGAAAAUCCUGGAGAAACAGCUGAUGUCAACAUGGAUCACCAAUAAGAAAUGUCUGAGUUUCGAUUUCUUUCUGCGUUUCGAAGGGUCCUCAUUCUAUUCUUUUAUUUUGAAUUUUCCCUUUAGCCUUCAAAUUAAAGUGGUUUGAAAGGGAUCUAAAUAACAAAAGCUUUUGGCAAAACAAAUUUGCAGAUGUAGACUACCUUAUGAAGAACACAGAUUUCAUGUACCUUGACGAAUAGGAGGACUUAGUUGAGUUAGUUUAUGUAUAUGUGUAGUUUUGUUUAUAAUGUGCAAUCUGUGCAUUUUAAGAUCUAUUGUCCGGUUUGGGAAAUAAAAUGGGGGCAUUUUAACUUCAGUUCAUUUUACUGAAUGCUAAGGGGACAUAUCGAUCCCAAUAUUUAAUAACCAAAGCUCUGUCAUGACAUGGUCACAGAAGAAAUACAUCUUGCUAGGAUUUUAUGGCUAUGGGUACUCUUACUGGUAAAUUAUUUAAAAUAUAAAACCGUCUGUCUCAUUCAAGGGUGGUCUUAGAUCCGAUCUAUGCUAAUUAUGACAGACUAUUUCGUUAACUGCUGGACGGGAGUUUUUACAUGUUUAAUUAUUAGGUUGUACAUGAUUUCUUACCUCAGCUUUUCUCCUUUCUUGUGUGUUUUCCAUCUUAUUUAAGUGUAAGUAAAAUCUGAGUCAUUUUUUUCUUGCUUUAAUGAUUUGCAGCAGACGCGUCUCCAUGUAUUCUUAGAUGCUGCCAUGCGAAAACGUAUCAAACAGAUGAAGAGCGACUGACCCAGAUUUUAAAUGCAUAAUGUUAUUAAAACACAUAUACUGUAAUGCUGUGGGAUGGAUUUUAUAUAACAAAUGCCAAAAACCAUACUUUCUGCACUGUUAAUUACUCCUACCCUUUCGCGAUUAUAGGGUGGGGGUGGAAGUGAAUUCUAUAAUGUUGUUUAUAGCAUGAGCAAUGAUUCGAUUUUAUUCUUGCAGAAGAAAUAGGUAAUAUCCAUUUGUUUGCUACAUUUUGUUUAAAUUUGACCAAAUAGAGGCUUACCAAUUUGUUAUUAUUCUAUUAAGUAAAAACUCAUUCUGGUGAUGGCA